AUGUCGGAUAAUUACGCGUUGUUUAUUAUCAUGAUCCCCAAUGAUUCUGAUGCGGACAUUGCGAUUUCUACAACAAAAGAAGCACUCAGUGUAGCUAAAUCUCAACCACGACGGGUAUCCAUUGAUACAAUUGCAGCAUUGGUGUGUCCAACUGCCUUACCUCUGACUGCUCAAUCUUCAGUUGCUUCGUUAAUGAAACGUCGAAGUGAACAUGAUAUACCGUUAAAUGUUCAGCCGAUAUUAUCAACAUCGAUAUGGCCAUUAUUGAAGAAUUAUCUUUCUGAAAGAAGUGAUAUCGAUGCUGUAUGGUUACUUUCGGAUGAUAAGAAAACUUUUCAGAUCACAUUCUAUGUUGAAUUCGGCUUCGUUAGCGAUCGUAUGCUACAAGAUUUAGCUAAACUAGGUAUCGGAACACGAUCUGGGACAAAAGUCUUUGUUCUUCCGACGACUGUGGUCUUUAAAGGGCAUGAUGACAAUGAGAAAAACGACUCCAAUCCAAUAUCGAUACAUUCGAACGACGAUAGCACUCGUGCACUGAAUGAUACUAAUCCUAUAUCAUCGAAGGCUAAUAAACGUCUUCAUGAAUCGAAUUUUAAGAAGAGCGUUCGUGCUCGACUAAUGGUUCAUCAAGUUGUUGCGAGCAUUCGUGCUUCGUCGGCAUUGACAUUCGAUUUCCUCCUUCUUAUUUGUCUUGCUUCAAUGCUAGCAGCAUUCGGUUUAUUGGAAAAUUCAUCGGUUAUCAUUGUUGCUAGUAUGCUUGUUAGUCCUUUGAUGAAUCCAAUCUUAGGAAUUGUCUUUGGUCUAUCCGUUCGGGAUAAUUCGUUAUGGCGAAGUGGCCUUCGGAGUGAAAUCAUUGGAUUGAUCGUUUGUAUCACUUGUGGAUUUCUACUUGGACUGUUGACGACGGUUUUUGAAACAAGAUGGGGAAGUUCAUCAAGUUUUCCAACGUCAGAAAUGAAAUCACGUGGAGAUGGAAAGCACCUAUGGGUCGGUGUUCUUAUCGCUUUACCGAGUGGAGCUGGUGUAGCCCUUUCCGUUCUUGGCGGGAAUACUGGUUCACUUGUCGGUGUAGCCAUUUCAGCUUCUCUCCUUCCUCCAGCGGUUAAUUGUGGACUCCUUUUUGCUUAUUCCGUACUUGGUAAUAUAUUCUCAUCCAUACUGGCUGUCCAGUCUCCAUCUGUUAAUCUUACAAAUCUAUAUUCAUCGUCACCGUUGAACUGUCCCGCAUACAUUCAGAAUGAUUAUCGACCACUUUACACAUGCAAUCUUGCUCUGGAAGCCGCAAUUUUAGCUGGUUGUAGUUUAUUGUUGACUUUGGUUAAUAUCGUGUGUAUCGUAGUAAUGGCAUUGAUCAUUCUGCGUAUCAAAGAAGUUGUUCCUUUGCAUCAAACUAAUCAAGAUAUCGCUGACUUCUUUCACUAUGUUGUUCCUGUUGCACGUGAUUAUAAUAAAACGAUUCAUGAAGCCGACUCUAAUCACUCGAAUCGUCUUGCGCGAACAAUUGUUGAUCGUUGGAGAUCAUUGAAAUCUUCCGCAUCGCCACACCAUCAUGCCGAAUCAACUAUGACCAGUCUCGACUUAGAAUCACCCGACCACGUCAAGAAUCUUGAUUCUGAUGACGCAGAAUCACGACGAAUAUUAUUUUCCUUACAAAAAUUUGCCAAAGAGUACGAUCUCGAUGUAUUCAACAUGAACGAUUAUGAACUUGUCACUAGCAGCAGUAGAGACAAACUUCAACGUCUUAUCAACGAUCUGAUCGAUAUGUGUCAAGAAAUGCCUUCGGUAUUUAUUGGACUGAACCAUCUUCAGUCGUUUGGUGCUGGCACAUCAUCAACAGAUAAGGAACAUUUGUCUUUCUAUCAAGAAAUUAUUGAACACCUACCACCGAAAUGGCAUCAAAUGUAUGUCUACGAACGACAGCGACGUUUGGUAAAAGUCUGGCCAUUACUAUUUGAUCAAUCCUAUUCUAAACAUUCACGAGCCGUGGAAACAUAUGCACAUUCACUGUCAGACGGACCCCAUCGUGAAUCCUUAAAUGAGCAAAAUCCACAAGUCUCGUCUCGUUUCACUCGGCUACAUUCGGAGCCAGAAUCAAACAGUUCUUCACAAAAACAUCCUCAAAAUAUCGAACAACCCGUUACGGGAACGCGCUUUCGUAUUUCAAAACCAUCGAUCGUUACUCAAAUGCAUGGUAAUGAAUCCAAACUUAUUUGA